GCUGUCAGAACGUAACGGAGCUCCGAAUGAAAUGGACGCGCGCGACUCUCUCCGCGGAUCGAACGCCCGACUUGUAACCAUGGAUAUAUGUGUGUCCCACGCCCACAAGGCGCCCAGUAACUAGACAAUACCACGGUAACACAUUUCUUCUUUUUUUGUACAUUGGAUUAUUCCUCAUCUGGAAAACAACGCGAAAAAAACAGUGAGAGAAACUAAAGGGGGAAGAAGAGAGAAGAGCGAGGGGAGAGGAGAGUGACACAAGCUGGACUGCAGAGAAGGAUUGUUUCUCGCGCUACACGGCAAGUCACCCGACAUGCUUCAAGGAACUUGUAAUUCCGUAUUGAUAAGGGUGGCUCUGCCUGGCUCUCUAUCAUGACUGAUGGCGAUGGGAGAGUCCGCUUCCACUACGCCCCCCCCCUCACCCCCAGCCUUACUGUGACCCCCCAGGAGGAGCUGCAGAAGGGGGAUGAGAGGCAGCGCUAUGACGGGGAGGUGAGGUUCCCAGGACCGACGUUCCACCAGGGUCAUGCCACGCACCCCUCCCUGUGCCGUCAGGAUCACAACCCCUCCAGCCGCCCCCACGCCGGCUUCCCUGUCGACGAGGAUGGAGUCGCGGAGGAGGGAGGCAGUAACACCUGGAGCCCCCGGCCAGAAGGUGGGGGUGCCGGAGGGGCCCCGGGAGUUCCUGGUGCCGGUCCCGGUGGUGGGGGUGUCUCCGGUAACAUGAGAGGUGACACAGUGACAGACCCGGGGGACCUGGUGUCUGAAGAGGAAGAGCAGCAGCCAUACCCGAGCCUCGAACCGGUCGUCUUCUUCUGCGCCAAACAGACCACACGGCCUCGGAGCUGGUGUCUACGCAUGGUCUGUAACCCAUGGUUUGAACAUGUCUCCAUGCUCGUCAUCCUGCUGAACUGUGUAACCUUGGGGAUGUUCCAGCCCUGCGAGGACGUCACCUGUCAGACCGAGUGGUGCCUCAUACUACAGGUGUUUGAUGACUGUAUAUUUGCGUUCUUCGCGGUGGAGAUGGUUAUCAAGAUGGUGGCCCUUGGUGUCUUUGGUUCUAAAUGUUACCUUGGCGACACCUGGAACCGAUUGGACUUCUUCAUCGUCAUGGCAGGGAUGAUGGAGUAUUCUUUAGAUGGGCACAACGCCAGCCUGUCAGCUAUCAGAACUGUGCGUGUGCUGCGACCUCUCCGUGCUAUCAACAGAGUCCCUAGUAUGCGUAUCCUGGUGACUCUUCUCCUGGACACUCUGCCCAUGCUGGGGAACGUCCUGCUACUUUGUUUCUUUGUCUUCUUCAUCUUCGGAAUCGUUGGUGUGCAGUUGUGGGCAGGGCUGCUAAGGAACAGGUGCUUCAUGGGAGAAGAUUUCAGAACGCUGUAUAACCUGUCAUUAAGUGCAUACUACCAGCCUGAGGAGGGAGAGGAUGACCCCUUCAUCUGCUCAGCAAUCCGAGAGAACGGAAUGCUACGUUGCCAUGAUGUCCCUCCCUUCAGCAAGGGACAGGUGGAGUGCUCGCUGGCCGCGCCCCCUCCGGGUCAGUUCCUGCUGACUGGGGAGGACAGGACCGGCGUCGGCUGUGUCAACUGGAACCAGUACUACAAUGUCUGUCGGCCUGGCAACGUCAACCCUCACAAAGGAUCGGUGAACUUUGACAACAUCGCUUACGCAUGGAUAGCCAUCUUUCAGGUGAUAACUCUGGAGGGAUGGGUGGACAUCAUGUACUAUGUCAUGGAUGCUCACUCCUUCUACAACUUCAUAUAUUUUAUACUGCUGAUCAUAGUGGGCUCAUUCUUCAUGAUCAACCUGUGCCUGGUCGUCAUAGCCACCCAGUUUGCUGAGACUAAACAGCGAGAGAAUGCGCUGAUGCGGGAGCAGCGGGCACGCUACAUGUCCAAUGACAGCACGCUGGCCAGCUACAGUGAACCUGGGUCGUGCUACGAGGAGAUGCUGAGAUACAUUUCACACCUCUACCGUAAACUGACCAGACGGGUACAGCGCAUGUAUACCACCUGGCACAGUAAGCGCCGUAAGAAGGUGAACCCUAAUGGAGGAGGGCCGGGUCUGGGGGGAGGAAACGGACAUGGAAGCCACAGCAUCCGCAGCACAUCUGGAAACGCCCCCUGGCUCCGCCCCAUACAUACACUACUGCAGCAUCACCAGCAUCACCACGGUCAGCUUAGCAACGGGGGACACAUCCCCCUAGCAACAGGAGAGGAGGACCUGGAGAUGAGGUCACUUCCUGUUCCAGCCCGUGAACCCUUGGUGAACCCAGGGGUGUCUCCUCUGGGUCGUUUGAACGGGGGGAUGAACUACCCCACUAUUCUCCCCUCCUUAAUCCGAAGCUCUACACAAACUCACCCACACAGACCCCACCACACCUCCUCCUCUGUCCUGUCGCCGCUGCCCCCCAGUCCCCUUCGCAAGCUGCACCACCUAAUGGGACAACAGAGUCGUCCUCGGCUGCUGGACCAGCUGGCUGACUUGGUGCCCUCUGCCCUGCUUCUGGAGCUGCUGACCUGUCCACUGUGCGCCAACGCCCUGGGGAAGCUGCAGCUGGACAUGGGGGGGCCGGAGAGCUCCAGGGGGGAGGCUGACACCCUGCACAACUUCCCCCAGGGAGAGGAGGGGCGCGGUGGGCGCGGGCGGCGGCGUGGCAGGUGUGGGUCGGGGCUUGCUCUGGCGUUGAAGCGGUGCCAGGACAGGCUGGCGGAGAUGUGGGGGGGCUUCGGGGACAGACUGAGGCGCAUCGUGGACAGCAAGUACUUCAACAGAGGAAUUAUGAUCGCCAUCCUCAUCAACACACUGAGCAUGGGCAUCGAGUACCACCAGCAGCCAGAGGAGCUCACAGACAUCCUGGAGAUCAGUAACAUUGUGUUCACCAGUAUGUUUGUUCUGGAGAUGAUGUUCAAGCUCCUGGCCUUUGGGAUGUUUGGAUACAUCAAGAACCCGUACAACAUCUUUGACGGGAUCAUUGUCAUCAUCAGCGUGUGGGAGGUCAUAGGUCAGGCGGACGGCGGCCUGUCCGUUCUGCGGACAUUCCGUCUGCUGCGGGUUCUGAAGCUGGUCCGGUUCAUGCCGGCGCUGCGGAGACAGCUGGUGGUUCUGAUGAAGACCAUGGACAAUGUAGCCACCUUCUGCAUGCUGCUGAUGCUCUUUAUCUUUACCUUCAGUAUCCUAGGCAUGCACCUGUUUGGGUGUAAAUUCAGCCUCCAGACGGAGAACGGAGACACCAUCCCAGACAGGAAGAACUUCGAUUCCCUACUCUGGGCCACCGUUACAGUGUUUCAGAUCCUGACUCAGGAGGAUUGGAACGUGGUUCUGUAUAACGGCAUGGCCUCGACUACUCCUCUGGCUGCGCUCUACUUCGUUGCUCUGAUGACAUUUGGGAAUUACGUCCUCUUCAACCUGCUGGUGGCCAUCUUGGUUGAAGGCUUCCAGGCGGAGGGAGAUGCCAAUCGCUCUGACUCUGAUGAUGAGAAAAGAUCUGAUAACUUUGAGGAGGAGGAGAAGAUUGGAGAGCUGCGGGACACAGAGCUGAAGAUGUAUUCUCUGAUGAUGACAGCCAACGGUCAUGUGGACCGCAACUCUCUGGCUCCUCCUAUCAUUAUGCGUACGGCGGCCACGCCCAUGCCAACUCCAAAGAGCUCAUUGGGCCCUGAGUCCAUUCUGGGGGAGGGGCUUAUGUAUGGAGAGGCUGGGUUAGGGUAUUCAGAGGCAGGGAUUGGCUGUAUGGAUUCUCGUCGUGGCAGUAAUGCUUCCAUCGACCCCUCUGUCUUCGACCGGCGCUCUCUGUCCAGCCCGGGCCGGCGGUCGCCCCUCCCAUCCAGAUGUCAAGGGUCUGUCAGUGGGUGGGGCAGUCGGAGGUCCAGUUGGAACAGUCUCAGCCGCGCCCCCAGCCUCAAACGCAGAGAUACCAGCGGAGAGAGGGAGAGUCUGCUAUCAGGGGAGGGAGGUGGGGAGGAAGAGGAGGAGGCGGAGGCAGCAGGAGGGGGAAGGAGCAGGCUGUACCCCCGUCCAGGGUCCUUAGAACUGCUACAGGCGUCCUCUCUGUGCCCGUCAGCAACGGGGGAGUACGAGGACUGUAACGGUCGGAGUCUUCACCACAUAACCUACGACCCAACCGUGAACCUUGACCCCAACAAGGAUCAGCUGUCACCUGAAGAUGAUCUUGAGGAUGAUAACCCAUGGGUGCGCCUGAAAAAAGUGCUGGAGAGCCGACAGCCACUCUGGUGUAGAGAACACGAAGAGUUAACCCUGUAUCUGUUCUCCCCUCAGAACUCGUUUCGUAUAUGGUGUAAGGGGAUGAUAAGCCAUAAGCUGUUUGAUCAUGUUGUCCUGGUCUUCAUCUUCCUCAACUGUAUCACCAUCGCACUGGAAAGACCCAACAUACAACUGCACAGCAUUGAGCGAGUGUUUCUGAGUGUCUCCAACUACGUGUUCACUGUCAUCUUCCUGGCUGAGAUGACUGUCAAAGUGGUGGCAUUGGGGUUUUGUCUAGGUCAACAGAGCUAUCUGAAGAGCAGUUGGAAUGUUCUGGAUGGCAUUCUGGUCCUGGUGUCUCUGGUGGACAUAUUGGUGUCGUUGGCCUCGACUGGAGGAAACCGUAUCCUGGGAAUCCUCAGAGUGCUCCGUCUGCUACGGACACUACGUCCUCUCAGGGUGAUUAGCCGAGCACCAGGUCUGAAGCUGGUGGUGGAGACUCUGAUCACAUCCCUCAGGCCCAUUGGGAACAUCGUCCUCAUCUGCUGCGCUUUCUUCAUCGUGUUUGGAAUCCUGGGAGUACAAUUGUUCAAGGGGAAGUUUUACGUCUGUGAAGGCCCGGACACCAAAAACAUCACCAACAGGUCUGACUGCCUGCUGGCCAACUACCAGUGGAGACGUAGGAAGUACAACUUCGACAACCUGGGACAGGCACUGAUGUCGCUGUUCGUUCUGUCAUGUAAGGACGGGUGGGUCAACAUCAUGUAUGACGGCCUGGACGCUGUGGGGGUGGACCAGCAGCCAAUGAGGAACCAUAACCCCUGGAUGCUUCUCUACUUCAUCUCCUUCCUGCUCAUCGUCAGUUUCUUCGUGCUCAACAUGUUUGUGGGCGUGGUGGUGGAGAACUUCCACAAGUGCCGUCAGGACCAGGAGGAGGAGGAGCAGCGGCUGCGAGAAGAGAAGAGGCUCAAGAUCCUGGAGAAAAAGCGCAGGAGUAAGGAGAAGGAUGGGGCCGAGGCCCAACGGAGGCCCUACUAUGCGGACUACUCUCCAAUCCGUCUCUCCAUCCACACGCUGUGUACCAGCAACUACCUGGACCUCUUCAUCACCAUCAUCAUCGGCAUCAACGUCGUCACCAUGAGUAUGGAGCAUUACGACCAGCCACAGUAUCUGGAGGAUACUCUGAAGUACUUCAACUAUGUCUUCACAUGCAUCUUCAUCAUCGAGGCACUCCUCAAACUAAUGGCUUUUGGACUGCACAGGUUCUUCAAGGACAGGUGGAACCAGUUGGAUGUGGCCAUUGUGUUGUUGUCCAUCAUGGGCAUCACCCUGGAGGAGCUGAAGAUGAACGCGUCACUUCCCAUCAACCCCACCAUCAUACGCAUCAUGAGAGUACUGAGGAUCGCUAGAGUGUUGAAGCUGUUGAAGAUGGCUAAAGGCAUGAGAGCUCUUCUGGACACUGUCAUGCAAGCCCUGCCGCAGGUGGGGAAUCUGGGUCUCCUCUUCAUGUUGCUGUUCUUCAUCUAUGCAGCGCUGGGAGUCGAGCUCUUCGGGAAACUGGAGUGUAAUGAUAGCAACCCGUGUGAAGGUCUGAAUCGACACGCAACGUUUGAGAACUUUGGGAUGGCGUUCCUCACACUUUUCAGAAUCUCUACCGGGGACAACUGGAAUGGCAUUAUGAAGGACACGCUGCGUGAGUGUCGCCCAGAGGAUCGCUCCUGUCUUACCUACUUGCCCCUGGUGUCGCCCCUCUACUUCGUGACCUUCGUCCUCAUGGCCCAGUUCGUGCUGGUCAAUGUGGUUGUGGCCGUGCUGAUGAAGCACCUGGAGGAGAGCAACAAGGAGGCCAAGGAAGAAGCCGAGAUGGACGCCGAGAUAGAGCUGGAGAUGGAGAGGGCCAGGCGCCUCAGCUCCGCCUCCAACGCCUCAUCACUGGUCACGGCCUACGCGGGGCCGCGCCCACACUCGCCUGGUCAGGAAGAGGAGGGGCAGUGCAGCCAUGAGGAAGAGCUUCUGUCACCAAAGAAGAUGUCUGUAUCCAGGAUGCAUUCUCUCCCCAAUGACAGCUACAUGUUCCGUCCGGUACGGCCCGCUAGCGCCCCAUAUACUCUACAAGAGGAACACACCAGUCCGCUUGGCCACUCCUCAGGCUCUGUGACAUCUGUGCGCUCGCAGCCUUGUGAGAACCGGAGUCUGUUGCAGGUGCCCAGUUUGUCUCCUCCCCCUUCUUCUGGCUCCACCCUCCCUCGCAUCGCACCUCCCAGGCCGAGCCCCUCACCCAGAGCAAUGCGUAGACAGGUGGCGGUAAAAGUGGUCUCCGUGGAAGUUCAGUGUCUUCACACCAGAGACUCUUUAGAGAAACAGGACCCCCUUUCCGUCCCUCCACCCCAGCCUCUAGCCCUGCUGCCCUCCCACCCCUCCUCUCCUCCCACCAACUCUGACCCUGCUGAUGAGGAGGUGUGUCACAUCACCUGCUCUGCCCGCCAUUGGUGGGAAGGACAUGGAAGUGGGCGGAGUCACUCCCUCUCCCCCUAUGCCUCUCCUGUCUCCCCACCCUCCCCCUACCCGAGGAGCAGAGGGAGCGCGCUCAAUCUGCGGGUGGCGGGGCUAAAAGGUCAAGACUCUGGAAAGGUCUUUGGCGUGGACUCCCAGUGCUCCUUGGAUAAACCCUGUUUCCCUGACGACCUGCGACGACACUCCGUUGAAAUUUUCCUUCCUCCUCCGGGCGACCCGCUCCUGGAAUAUGUAGGGGAGGUGACCGGAGGAGGGAGGAGGCCCGGGGGCCAAGGUUCAGAGGGCAAGGUUCACAGGAAGAAGAAGAUGAGCCCCCCGUGCAUCUCCAUCCACCCUCCGUGUGAACCCCCAGGCCACGCCCUCUCAGAGCCCACGGUGGAAUGCAGCACCAUGCUGAGGCGCCGGACCCCGUCCUCCGAACUGACCGACACACACACACCCUCACACACACACGCGCGCCACCACACACCGACUGACACACAGACGCGUCACCACACACAGAUUAACACACACACACAGACACGUCACCACACACCGAUUACCGCUCACACACCCAUGCAAACUCUUCCCCAGUCAGUAACACACAGUCUGCCACAUGCGCACACUCUUAUUCACACACGCACUCAACCUUAUCUGCAUACACACACUCUGUCUCACACGCACACACUGUCUUACAGGCACUCCCCACCCCUGACAUCUGAAACUAGACACCAUUCCCUCUGUGCUAACUACCUUCCCCUCCCUCAGUUCACUUUUGAUCCAACAGAGCCCAGACACAUGAGUGGUAGGUCCCCCGGCCUAUCAGACAAUGACCCAGCCUCAAGCCCCUCCCAUUUUGACAGAGGAGCCGGGUUUAGCUCAGUGAACAGUAGAACUGCCCAGUAAGCGCAGGGCCUGUAAGAAGAAGAGGAUUGGAUAGAAAGCCUCAUCCCAAUCCUGAGGGUGUGGCCCGUUCUGGACGUGGACUCAGUAGAUGGACAAAAACAAAAGAAGAGAAAGACCGUUUAAAUGGCGAGAGUCAGAGAGAGGCUGGUUGUCGUGGGACUGUAUCUUGGUGUUGUCUCUAGGACUAAAGCCUCAUAAAUCUGUAGCCAAAGUUUUUCCUCCUCACGCAAGCCAGCCAGCCAAUCAGCAAGCCAGCCAAUCAGGAACAAACAUUUCUCACACUCGUCCCUCGUGAGAUGAUCAGGAACCAGCGUCUGGCUGACCUCUGACCCUGAAAAGAAGUGAUGGGAGCGUGACGUGGCUGGGUGUUUGUUCAGGUCCUCCUGUUUCCUGUCCUGCUCCACAGUCAUAUUACAGAGAGGAGAGGAGAGGAGAGGAAGAAACGUGUUUUAUCCCAUAUGCAUCCAGCUUUCCAGAAGCUCUCUGUCACGAAGAGGAAGAACAGAGAGUUCUUCUGUGUAUCUCACAAUGUACAUAAAGAAAAUACUGUAAUGCUGAGAUUAAAUAGCUCUACCCAUAUGCACAUUAUUUUUCUAGAGAUCUCUAAUGUUUUUGCACACCAACGAGUUGAACCGUCCGACGUGGCUGUCACAUUCCGCUGUCCUCCUGUGAAUUCAUGUUUUGUAAAAUGGAAGCAGUGCCGGGCCGAACACUGUCCUUCACUGGUCCACUUCACUGACUCAACCAGUGUUGAACUCAAGAUGAAUCUUCAUUUAUCACCACUGACGAUGUGUGCUGCCCUCUGCUGGGGAGGAGAAGGGAUUUAUUUUUCUAUGGUGAGGAUGUGGAGGGAGGAGCACUGAUGAGUUUGUGAAGAUAACUGAAGACAACCAAACUAACCACCAGAGAGCAAUAAAGAUCUAGCUGGCCCUCUGGUCCCUAUGUAGCUGAGGCCUCUGAAGGCCAGUCUGUAGAAAAUAGGGUUCAGUCCCCUAUGGGCCAGUCUGUAGAGAAUAAGAUUCAGUCCCCUGUGGGCCAGUCUGUAGUGAAUAGAGUUCAGUCCCCUAUGGGCCAGUCUGUAGUGAAUAGGGUUCAAUACUCCACAGGCCAGUCUGUAGUGAAUAGGAUUCUCCCCUAUGGGCCAGUCUGUAGUGAAUAGGGUUCAGUACUCCACAGGCCAGUCUGUAGUGAAUAGGGUUCUGUCCCCUAUUGGCCAGUCUGUAGAGAAUAGGAUUCAGUCCCCUAUGGGCCAGUCUGUAGUGAAUAAGAUUCUCCCCUAUGGGCCAGUCUGUAGUGAAUAAGAUUCUCCCCUAUGGGCCAGUCUGUAGUGAAUAGGAUUCAGUACUCCACAGGCCAGUCUGUAGUGAAUAGGGUUCUGUCCCCUAUGGGCCAGUCUGUAGUGAAUAGGUUUCAGUACUCCAUGGGCCAGUCUGUGAAUAGGAUUUAGUCCCCUACAGGAUAGUCUGUAGAAAUAGGAUUCAGUCCCCUACAGGUUAGUCUGAAGGGAAUCAUUUCCAGACUUCUACGGGCCCGUCUAUAGAGAACAGGUUCCAGUCGCCUACGGGCCAGUCUGUAUAGAAUAGGGUUUAGUCCCCUACAGGCCAGUCUGUAGUGAAUACGGUUUAGUUCCCUACAGGCUAAUCUGUUGUGAAUAGGGUUUAGUCCCCCACAGGCCAGUCUGUAGUGAAUAGGGUUUAGUCCCCUACAGGCCAGUUUGUAGUUAAUAGGGUUUAGUCCCCUACAGGCCAGUCUGUAGUGAAUAGGGUUUAGUCCCCUACAGGCCAGUUUGUAGUUAAUAGGGUUUAGUCCCCUACAGGCCAGUCUGUAGUGAAUAAGGUUUAGUCCCCUACAGGCUAAUCUGUUGUGAAUAGGGUUUAGUCCCCCACAGGCCACUCUGUAGUGAAUAGGGUUUAGUCCCCUACAGGCCAGUUUGUAGUUAAUAGGGUUUAGUCCCCUACAGGCCAGUCUGUAGUGAAUAGGGUUUAGUCCCCUACAGGCCAGUUUGUAGUUAAUAGGGUUUAGUCCCCCACAGGCCAGUCUGUAGUGAAUAAGGUUUAGUCCCCUACAGGCUAAUCUGUUGUGAAUAGGGUUUAGUCCCCCACAGGCCACUCUGUAGUGAAUAGGGUUUAGUCCCCUACAGGCCAGUUUGUAGUUAAUAGGGUUUAGUCCCCUACAGGCCAGUCUGUAGUGAAUAGGGUUUAGUCCCCUACAGGCCAGUUUGUAGUUAAUAGGGUUUAGUCCCCCACAGGCCAGUCUGUAGUGAAUAAGGUUUAGUCCCCUACAGGCUAAUCUGUUGUGAAUAGGGUUUAGUCCCCCACAGGCCAGUCUGUACUGAAUAGGGUUCAGUCCUCUACGGGCCAGUCUUAUAUGACACUGUUAUUUACUAACCUACUCCACCAUGGUAAACAUGUGACUUGUGUUUUUCCUAUAGCAACUAGCUGGUCACAGUCAUCAUCCCUUUGCACUGACACAUUCUAUCAAGGCUUGUCUGAGGGCCUGAUGGAUAGUUAAUCUAUUGAUCAGUGUUGUCUGAGGGCCUAAUGGAUAGUUAAUCUAUUGAUCAGUGUUGUCUGAGGGCCUAAUGGAUAGUUAAUCUAUUGAUCAGUGUUGUCUGAGUGCCUGAUGGAUAGGUAAUCUAUUGAUCAGUGUUGUCUGAGUGCCUGAUGGAUAGGUAAUCUAUUGAUCAGUGUUGUCUGAGGGCCUAAUGGAUAGUUAAUCUGUUGAUCAGUUCUGUCUGAGGAACUGAUUGAUAGGUAAUAUAUUGAUCAGUUCUGUCUGAGGGCAUGCUAGAUAGGUGAUCUAUUGAUCAGUUCUGUCUGAGGGCCUGAUGGAUAGUUAAUCUAUUGAUCAGUUCUGUCUGAGGGCAUGCUAGAUAGUUAAUCUAUUGAUCAGUUCUGUCUGAGGGCAUGGUAGAUAGUUAAUCUAUUGAUCAGUUCUGUCUGAGGGCAUGCUAGAUAGGUGAUCUAUUGAUCAGUUCCUGUCUUAGGGCAUGCUAGAUUGGUGAUCUAUUGAUCAGUUCUGUCUGAGGGCAUGGUAGAUAGGUGAUCAAUGGAUCAGUUCGAUCUGUGGGCAUGGUAGAUAGGUGGCUGACCUAGAGUGUUACAGGCUGAUCUAGCAGGCCAGUUCAUCUGUGACACCCCUCUGGUUGGCCUGUUUAUUUUAAACUACCCAGUGGGAAAUACGUUUGAGGAUGCAGGAUAACAGUAUAGCACAACAUACAGUAUAUGAAUAAAUAUUCACAUGUCUCUUUGUUAUUUAUUGCUAGACAGGUGUUGCCUGUUUUUCAUUUUCUACCCUGUUUGAUUUCACUGUGGAACAAAAGAGAGUUUUGAUUGGAUGAAGGGACAAUGUUUGUUCACUAGGAAGUAAAAGCCUGACGUGUAUCCAUUCAUCCGUCUUGCCGACCCCUCCCUCCCCCUACGGCCUAACUAGUUUGACCCCUGACCUAUAACUUAAGGAACAGGUGCCUCAAGAUGAAGUGAGAUCACCUGACACAAGCCAACUUCCUGUCGUCGUUAUUCGUUUUAUUAUUGAUGUAGUGUUUAAGAGUGUCAGGCUGAGAUUCAAUCUGAUCUGUGUUAGAGUUCCUCCACAGUGCGCGUCACUUUAUGAUGGCCAUUUACGAUUGAUCCGACAAUUACAGAGUAACUUCACAGACAAAAGGGGGUUCCUCUGGCCAGAUGUUGCAGAUCAGUUGGGGAGGUGGCACGCAACCCUUGGUCUAUGCCUGUAACGUGUGAACAGAGGAACGUGCCCAAAGCGAGACAGGGUUUGAAUCCCAGCCUCACACAUAGGAUCUAGCUGUAGAAUCUGCUCUCAUUUAUUUUUGAUUUAGAAGCAGACCCUUUUCCCUAAUGCCAUAUUUACCAAUGCAGUUUGGUAGAAAAUAAUACAGAAUUAAUCAUAAUAGUUUAAGAGUUUCACAGAUGUAUUUGAUUCCUCCAAUAUUUUUUAUGAGGAAACAUUUUGGACUAUUUGCAUGUUGCUGAGAAAGAAUUGAUAUUUUAAAAAAAGACAUCCGGAUGUUUUUGAGAUUUUUUUAUACAAACAUUUUCUGAUGUUUCUAGAUUAAUUGGGCAAAUGUACUGGGUUAGGUUCGUAUCAGCUAUAAUACUGAUUACACAUAUCUGAACUCAUAUUGUCUAACACCAGGCAGGUGUGUCUUUACAGAGCCAAAACAUAGGCCUUUUCUCAAUUGUGUUCUGCUCGCUUCCUGUCUCCUCACCUCUCUCUCCUCUCUCCUUGACUCCUCUCUCGGGUCUAUUUGAAAACCCACUGGAAGAGGGAAAGGACAUUCUGGAUGGAGAUGAGGAGAUGAGGAGCGAGAAAUGCUAACUUUGAAAAGGGAGACAGAUUCUGGCUCUAUUUAAUCUCAGAAACCAACAGAAAGUGACUUUCAGGUCUGAUGUUUAGGCCUACUAAGUAUCAAACCCACACUGUCAGUCCAUUAGGUCAUUUCCGUUCAGAUGAUCUGAUGUGUAUUGUAUCCAAGUAUGACAUAGUAUGAACCCUAAUAAAGUGUCACGAAAGAAUGUUUCUGUUCAUGAGGAUAAUAAAGAUAAUGGUGUUGAUGAAGAUGAAGAUGUGGGGAUGAUGAUUAUGUGUGUUAAGAUAAUGAUGAGGAUCUUUUUUUCAUAUUUAGAAGACUAAAUGUGAGACUCUGCACCAAUAGGUUCAACAGUAGAACAUUUAGGACGAGAGAGAUUCUAAUAUCCCAUGGUUCAACAAGGGACCAUGUUUCGUGUUUGGUAUGACUGGGAGUGAAUGCUAAAGUGAACAGUAAACUUAUGGUGAAUUUCAGCAGAAAUAUUCCAAAAAAGCCUAGCAAAACUGAUUUACCAUCAUUCUAUUAAUUUAGAUGUUUUAAGUGAUCUAAAGCCCAUUAUAACCACUGCUCAUGUUUUCAACGAUAAUCUAUCAAUGCACUGGUCCUAUGAAUUAAUUUUUUUCCUAACACAUCCACAUGGAAUCUCACAUAGUCUUAACCUGAUAUUGUUGAACCUAGCUAGGCUUCAGGGUGCCACAAAAAAGGCUUCAGAAUGUUGAAGGAACAGUCUUUGGAUUGUCAAUCCAGGCUUCAGAAUGUUGAAGGAACAGUCUUUGGAUUGUCAAUCCAGGCUUCAGAAUGUUGAAGGAACAGUCUUUGGAUUAUCAAUCCAGGCUUCAGAAUGUUGAAGGAACAGUCUUUGGAUUGUCAAUCCAGGCUUCAGAAUGUUGAAUGAACAGUCUUUGGAUUGUCAAUCCAGGCUCCAGAAUGUUCAAGGAACAGUCUUUGGAUUGUCAAUCCAGGCUCCAGAAUGUUGAAGGAACAGUCUUUGGAUUGUCAAUCCAGGGUUCAGAAUGUUGAAGGAACAGUCUUUGGAUUGUCAAUCCAGGCUUCAGAAUUUUUAUUUGUGAUGGAACCUGACCUUCAACCAUCAGAAGCCUUGUCUUUUUAACCCUUGAGGGAAGAGGGAGUGAGCCUAGGGUGUGUUCUGGCUGUCAAAAGACAUGCUAACUGUCCGCAAUAAUUUCCCAGAACUGAACGAGUGUUUCCAAGGCUGUACUUGUAACGUUUUAUUGUUGCUGAUUAUUAUAUUGAUCAAACAUUGUCUUGAAGGAUGUUCCCUGUUGUCUAAAAUAUAAACUUUUUUAUUCCUGAAAGA